AUGGCAGAAGAGACUGGAACCCAAGCCAGCACAAGCAAGGCCAAAGGAGGUAGAAGGGGCAAAAGGGCUCAACCACAAGCUGAUAAUGAGGCCAUUAACAAGACAGAAGUUGAGGUGCUCAAUGACAACACCAACAAAGGAACUGACUCUGACUCUGACCUCGAUGGUGACAGCAAGCAAUACAACUUCCAUACCCUAGCAAAGCUCCUUGAGCCAGUGCCCAAACUCACAUCACACAACUACUACAGCUGGAGUGCCCACAUCAAGUCCUUUCUCUGA